GUCAUAACAACCUCGAUGGUGAUUGGUCGUGUUAGUGACAUCACAGUGAUCUCGACGCUGAUUGGCUGAGACGGAACUCGAACCUCAUUCAAGGGAGACUGAACUAAAAUCAAACGAGCGCCCUUGAAGGAAAUCUCCAGCAGGACAAGGGACUUCAGGUUCCAAGGACGAGUAACAGAGAGGGGGCGAGACUUCCAAAAAAAACAAUAAAAAAUAACAAAAACAGACAGCCAUGCCACAGCAGGUGUCCCCCUACGCGAUCCUGGAGGGGCAGUAUGAGCUCCACGAGACCAUAGGCUCGGGAGGGUUUGCCAAGGUGAAGGUGGCGACACACAUCCUCAGCGGGGAGAAGGUGGCCGUCAAGAUCAUGGACAAACGGCAGCUCGGGGACGAUCUCCCUCGCAUUUACCUGGAGAUCGAGGCCAUGAAACAGCUGAGCCACCAGCACGUGUGUAAGCUUUACCAGGUGUUAGAAACAGAGACAAAAAUAUUUAUGGUGCUAGAAUACUGUCCAGGUGGAGAGCUAUUUGAUUACAUAGUGGAGAGAGACAGACUAGAGGAGGAUGAGGCUAGGCUAUUUUUCAGACAAAUUGCAUCAGCUGUUGCUUACAUUCACAGCAUGGGGUAUGCACACAGAGAUCUGAAGCCAGAAAACCUAUUGCUGGAUGAUGACCAGCAAUUAAAACUCAUUGACUUUGGGUUGUGUGCCAAUCCUGCUGGUGGCAUGGACCAAAGACUGGCAACCUGUUGUGGUUCCCCUGCUUAUGCAGCACCUGAGCUAGUAUCAGGUCACCAGUACCUUGGUUCUGAAGCAGAUAUUUGGAGUAUGGGGGUCCUGUUGUAUGCUCUACUCUGUGGUUUCCUCCCCUUUGAUGAUGAGAACUUGGGUGCUCUUUACAGAAAAAUUCAGGCUGGUGUGUAUGAGAAACCAGAGUGGCUGAGUGCAGGCAGUCGAGACUUCCUGGGCACCAUGCUCCAGGUAGAUCCCAAGAGAAGAAUCACAAUCACACAGCUCCUCAAUCACCCUUGGAUUGUGUUGGGGCAGCCUCAUGGUGUAGAUGCCACCUCCAAGUACAAG